UUGUGUGGCUCGCGUUGAUGCCGCUUGUGUCCCGUCGCUGACUGCUCGCCUCCAAAUCAUCUGCUUCAUCCGCGUUUUCCCGUUCCUUCUCUCUACGGGACUUUUUUACAGGACCGAGAGUAAGAAUGAACGGAAAUGGAGUUUGACAUUUUUGGACACAAAUUAUUAGAUGGGAUUUUUAAGUUUUACGCACACAGCAACAAUGAAGUAGUAUUCCCCGUCUGUAUGUGUUUGUACUCCUUCUAGAACGUCGUUUCAGGAUGCCUGACGGAGAAUCGAUACAAAUUACUAAAUUGGUCAACGAUACAUAAAUGUAAAAAAAUACGAACUUUUUACCUUCUCCUGCUCAGCGUCGAGUCAAUACUGGAAAUACGCACUUACCCCACAGACGGGGCGAUCUCUUCACAGCAGAGCUUCAAAAACAACCAUAUAAACCUCCACGAAAAAUAAAAGUAGGCUAUGGCAGACGAACAUGAUCAGUAUGGAGCGUCCGAGUUUAUAAAAGAUCGGUUGUACUUCGCUACCCUCAGAAACAAACCAAAAACGACGUCCAGUGUCCACUACUUCAGCACCGACGACGAGUUUAUCUAUGAGAAUUUCUAUGCAGACUUCGGCCCUCUCAACCUGGCUAUGCUGUACAGGUUCUGUUGCAAACUCAACAAGAAGCUCAAGUCGUUCACACUGUCUAAGAGGAGAGUGGUGUACUACACGAGCUACGAUCCCAAGAAGAGAGCUAACGCUGCUGUACUCAUCGGUGCCUACGCUGUGAUCUACUUGAAGAGGAGCCCAGAGGAGGUCUACAGGACUCUGAUCAGCAGCAACAACACUGCUUACCUGCCCUUCAGGGAUGCUGCCAUGGGGGAGUGCACCUACAACCUGACUGUCCUCAACUGUCUCCAGGGAAUACGCAAGGCCUUACAGUACGGGUUCUUCAACUUUGGGGCGUUUGACGUGGAGGAGUACGAGCAUUAUGAGCGGGUGGAGAACGGAGACAUGAACUGGAUCAUUCCGGGGAAGAUCAUGGCCUUCAGUGGACCCCACCCUCGCAGCAAGAUAGAGAGCGGCUACCCCCUGCACGCCCCGGAGGCCUACUUCCCGUACUUCCACCAGAACAACGUGACAAGCGUGGUGCGUCUCAACAGGAAGCUGUACGACGGACGGCGCUUCCUGGAGGGCGGCUUCGAGCACCACGACCUGUUCUUCGUGGACGGGACCACGCCCAGCGACCUGGUCACACGCAGGUUCCUGAGCGUGUGUGAGACGGCAGGCGGGGCCGUGGCUGUGCACUGCAAAGCCGGCCUGGGCCGUACUGGCACUCUGAUUGGCUGCUACCUGAUGAAGCACUUCCGGUUCACGGCAGCGGAGGCCGUCGCAUGGAUCAGAAUCUGCAGACCAGGAUCCAUCAUCGGACCCCAGCAGAGCUUCCUGGAGGAGAAGCAGCACAGCCUGUGGAUUCAGGGGGAUGUGUAUCGCUCCAAACAGAAGCAACAUCAUGUGACGCAACAGCGCGGUCACCAGCGGCAACAGCAGCCGGCCCUUCCCCCCCCGACACAGUCGGAACACUCCCACCCCCUACGACGGUGUCUGAUGUCCAGCAUGGAGGAGCUGUCCAUCAGCAGCACUGUGAGCAGCUCUCUGGGCCUGGAGGGGGGGGGGCCCACGGGGGGGCUCACCCAGGGAGACCGGCUCCGAGCCCUCAAGGGACGACGCUUGUCCAGAUCCCUAGCCCCCGUGAGGUUCACCCAGGGGUCCAUCUCCCCCCCCCGCUCCUCCAAAGUCCCCCUGCCCUCCUUCUCCUCCUCCUCCAGGAGCUCCUCAUCAGCCACGUACCUCAAAAGUCCCUUCAGUCUGAGCAUGUUCGGCAGUAAGCCUUCAGUGAUUCGCUAACGCCCCGGUCACCAUGGUUAUCGCUGACCCAGAUCCAACAUGCAGGGACUUCCUGGGGGACAGGAAGUACCUGUGGACAGGAAGGGGCCGAGGUGAGGCCCAGUAUGCAUCUAGAGUGCUAUUGAUGAGGAUAUUGUUUUCAUAUGUGCAUAUGGAAUAUGGAUAUUGAUAUAUUGGUAAUUUUGUUGCUAUGAGAUAAUAUGAAUCAAGGACUCGUGAAUGUAUUCUCUGAUUCUCUGUAUCGAUCAGGGCAUAUUUUUUAUGUGUACACUGUUCAACCUUUAUUUUUGUUUUGAUCUGUAAAUGCUGGAGAUCUAAAGCUAUUUUUGCACGUGUGAAUACAGAUUUGGAUUUGGAACUGA